AUGGCAUACUAUCUUGCUGAUGGUAUCUACCCUUCUUAUCCAACUUUCGUCAAAUCAAUUAGACUUCCUCAAAGUGAACCAGAUAAGUUAUUUGCAAAAUAUCAGGAGGGAUGUCGGAAGGACAUCGAACGUGCAUUUGGGGUGUUGCAGGCUCGAUUUAAAAUCAUCCGCGAACCAGCCCGUUUGUGGGACAUAAACGAUUUGGCUCUCAUCAUGAGGUCAUGUAUCAUAUUAAAUAAUAUGAUUGUUGAGGAUGAACGAGAUAUAUAUGCUCAAAAUUGGACAGAUUAUGAUCAAUCUGAGGCAAGUGAGUCUAGUACACCGGAGUCAUUCUCGACCGAGGUGCUACCUGCAUUUGCGAAUCACGUGCGUGCUAGAUCUGUGAUGCGUGAUUCAAAUGUACAUCACGAAUUGCAAGCAGAUCUAGUCAAACACAUAUGGGAAAAGUUCGGAAUAUUUCAUGAUUAA